AUGAAAAUUGGCUACCAACUGAAACAAGUGCGCGAACGUCUCGCAAAGGGCCUCGUCGACAAAGGAAUAUUGCGCACCGAGAAGCGCAACUUCCUCCUGUUCGACAUGGCUACCCAUCCCGUCGCCGACGGAGGCGCUAAAGAUGACAUCCACCGUCGGGUCCGCAACAUCUGCAGCAACCGCACCGUGAUCCUACCCCCCAACGCGUGGCUCCCCGAAGAUAUCGAAUUCCGGUACCUACGGACAAUCUCGAUGGUCUGCGCCGCCUAUGCGGCCAACGUGCUAGAGAAUGCGCUCGUGACGAUGAGCCACGAGGCUCGCGAGAGGGCAUUUGCCCAGGUGGAUGAGCUGUUGGCUGAGUACUCGCAGUGGCCGUUUGCGCGGAGACCGGGAGGCUCUCAGGCCAUCGGUGCCAAUUUGGCCCAGGCCAUUAAUGACGAAGUGAACUCGGGUAAAGACAAAGAGCUUCAGUUGGAGAUCGUUGCAGCAUGUUUGAGCGUUUUUACUAGACUUGACUCUCUACUCUAA